AUGUUUAUUUUCAAACCCGAACAACCCGAACCCGAUUUCCCGGUAUCCAGCGAGUUUCAUUUGGACAUAGCAGCCAUUUUGCGGAUGAUGGGCUGCCACUACGAAAUCGAGGACAAGGUCAUGCCCUUCAUACUGGACGUCACUAUAACCGCGAACGAGGCAGCUCGGGUAAACUCAGAGGAGGCUGCUCGUGAUGGCAUCGAGAAAGAAGAGCGAGCUAGUCGCGUGGUGGAGUGGUUGAAAGCUCAACAGCGGUUGCAGUGUGUUAAGAUCAUGCUCAUACUUACUACAGCAGAGUUCCAAGGUUGCCAUCUGCUGCCGAUCAUGUCAGGAUGGACUACUCCCUGGGCUCUUCGUCAGAAGCACUCUGUUGAGCAGAUCAGACUGCUGUUGCUGGAUAUAUUGACUCUGAUGGUGAAGAAUCGAGACACCAGUCCCAGCGGCCUCCAGAGGUGGAGUGCGUAG